GAACGGGUGGAUUCUCCAUCUUCCCAGCACUGUGUCCCCCUGGGCGUAUCCUGAGGAGCCGGGCUCCCAGCUCCGGAUGCGUGGGCCUGGCCCGGACACCCAGAGCCCUGCUGCAGAGACCCCAGGCAGGGGCCCCCGCGCUGCCUCACUCAGAACAAGUGGGUAACAGCAGCUGUAGCUCCGUGGCUUCCUGUGGACGGACACCUGGACGGGGGCAGCCAGGCGGAGAGGCUGAGGAGCCAUUGAGGUCUUAGGAAUGAACUCCUGAAUUAACGGCGUUCUUUGUGAGCAGACUCGCUACCUACCUGGAAAUCAACGAACAGCUGCGGCCGGCGGCCUCCCGCCCCUAGAACCCUGCCUCUGGUGGCCUUGGUAGUCCCGAGGCCGCUCUGGCAGCCUACCGCAGCCACCAGUGCAGCUUUGAGCUCUGCGCUCGCGGACAGGACACUGCCUCUCCCCCGGCUCGGAAAGCAUCGCCCUACUUUGGGCCUGCAGCACCUGCCUCAGCCGCUGUCAACGAGCGAAUCUCCUCCUGUUGAGGGGGAGGAGAGGGCCUGGCCGGGCGUGGCGGGUAUGGGGCAGGUGACACCACUUGCUUCGCCAGCUGCCUUUGACCCCCGGGUGUUUCCCUCCCCGAACCUGCUCCUUUUCGCUAGGCAUGUUGCCGGUAAAGAAAAGCAAGCUGCGGAAGCGGAGGACAGACGGCAGCUCGGCCAUGCCAAGCCCUGGCGUCUGUGCCACCUUGCCCCGGGCCAUAGCAGAGCGUGCCGCGGGCGCUUUCCCCUUCGCCAUAGCCAGCACUGCCGAUGCCCACCUCCGCCAUCUGCCUCUGGGCCCCGACCACGAGCACGUCCCCGAGAUCGAGAUCAAGCUGGAGUUUAGCGACGAGGAGGAGGAGGGCCAUGAGGGCGGCAUGCUGGGAUUCAUGGCGGCCUGUGGGGCAGGGAACCAUGAGAGGAGGAAGGCAGAGCUGGCCCCCCGAGGUGGGGGCAGCCAGCCUUGCAUCACGGCCGGCUGGCAACCCCCUUCCUCUGUGCUGGGUGUAGACAAGGCUCUCCUGGAGGGAUGGGCAGCGAAGCGCCCUGCACCUCCGGCCUUCGGCCUCCCCAUCCGCACCCGGCGCCGCAAGACCACCUCCGAGGUGUGGCAGUUCUUCUCCCUGGACGCCAGUGACCCCUGCCGGGCCAUCUGCACCCUGUGCCAGGCCAGCGUCGGGCGUGGCAAGCUGAGGGGCCACUACAACACCACCGCCCUCAAGCGCCAUCUGGAGGGCAAGCACCCGCUGGAGUGGGGGCAGAGGAAGAGAGCAGGUGGCAGGGCCCAGGAGGAGGAGGAGAAUGAGGAGGAAGAGGAAGAACAGGUGGCGAAGGAGUUUCCCUCGCAGGACACUGUGUUUGGCACCAGCCAUGCUCUGUGCUCCCCUGCCCAAGCCCUCAGCAGGGCGCCCCCCCAAGUGACCCAGUUCACCCCCCGCUUCCUGUACGUGAUCAGCGACUCCAGUGAGGAAGAGGAGGAGGAGGAGGGGCGGGGAAGGGCAGGCACCCCAGUCACUGACUCCUCCCCAGAGUCCAGCGAGGAGGAAAGCAGCGAGACUAGCAAGCUGCUCCCCCAGGGCAGGGAGAGGGGCAUGAAGGGCAGCGCCCAAGCGGGGCACCCCAAGCCGGACCUGGCCACACCUUACCUGGAGAUGCUAGUGGGCCAGGGGCUCCCCAAGUCCGGGCAGCUCAGCCUCCCCAACCACCCGCUGGUGCCACCGGGCACGAAGCGCCGCAAGUCCACCUCAGCCGUCUGGCAGUUCUUCUACAUCGACUGCAGCAACGUGUGCCGGGCCAUCUGCACCCUGUGCCAGGCCAGCGUCAGCCGCGGCAAACUGGGCAGCCACUUCGGCACCUCGGCCCUCAUGCGCCACCUGGAGGGCAAGCACCCGCUGGAGUGGGGGCGGGGCCGGGCUGCUGGCGCUCCUGCCACCCCUCCUGGCAGCGCCCGGUCCGAGAGGCUGAGCCUGGGGCCGGCGGAGGACGAGGAGCCCGUGGAGGACCCGUCUCUGACAUCGCCCGCAGCGUCGGACCCCCUGAGAUCGCCCUGCGUCAGCCCUGGUGGGGCCCCAGCUCCCAUUUGUGACAGCUGGCAGAGUGAGGCACCUCCCGAAGGCAAGGCGGAGAAAGCCCUGCCCGCCCCAGCUGCCCCGCUGCCCCCCAGCAAGAACCAAGCAGGCCUGGCCGAGCGGGGUGGGGAUGUGCCCGGCAAAUACACCCCCAACCACCCGCAGGCGCAGGCCUGGAACCGCAGCAUUGCCGAGCUGCUGUGUGGCAUGGCCCUGCCCUGCUCCUUCGUCUCGGCCAAGCCCUUCCACCGGUUCAUGGCUCAGGCUGACCCACGCUACCGCAUCCCCUCGCCGGCCUUCUUCUCCCGCAAAGCAGUGCCCCAGCUGUGCCAGGCGGUCGGCCUGGGCCUGGCCCUGGAGCUCCAGCAGGCCAGGGUCAGCCAGGUGCACCUCAGCGCCCACGUGUGGGCCCAGGGGCUGGCGGGGGAGUACCUGGCGCUGGCAGCGCACUGGCUGGCGCCCCGCUCGGAGUCAGGCCAGCGCCAGCCAUGCAGCCAGCGCAGGCAGGCGGUGCUGUGCGUGCAGGCCCUGCAGGAGGAGCAGGCGCUGGGUGGCGUGCAGCGGGUGUUGGCCCAGCAGCUCCAGCUGUGGCUGGCCCAGAACUCCCUGAGCCCCGGCUUCCUGGUCUCGGGCAGCAGCCCUGGCGUGGAGCGGGCCGCGAAGGACGGCGGCCACACCCACAUCCCCUGCUUCGCUCACUGCCUGAGCCAGCUGGUGCUGGGCUUCCUGCACCUCCACCGCAGCGUCGAGGGCACUCUGGGGGCGGCCCGCGCCAUCUGCGCCCACUUCGCCCGCUCCCCGGAGGCCAGGAGGGGGCUGGCGGAGCUGCAGCGGCAGCACGGCUUGGCCCUGCGCCGGCUGAAGCAGGAGGCCACGGCGAGCUGGGACUCCACCUACUACAUGCUGGAGCGGCUGCUGGCACUGCAGCCGGCUGUGCAGGAGUACGUGGGCAAGCGCCGGAUGGGCGAGGCUGGCCUGGGCCUGAGCGCCGCCCAGUGGAUGCUGAUGCGCAGCUUGGUGGAGCUGCUGCAGCCCUUCGAGAUGGCCGUGCGGGAGGCGAGCGCGGGCAACGCCUCACUGAGCCAGGUGCUGCCGCAGGUGCGCUACCUGCACAUCUUCCUCCAGCAGAUCCGCCUGCGCUUCGAGAGCCAGGCCGGCGAGGGGGCUGGCUCCGCCGUGCGCCUGGCCGAGAGCCUGGCCCUGCAGCUCUCCACCGAGCCCCGGAUCAGCGAGAUGUUCCACCGCCAGGAGUACGUGCUGGCCACGCUGCUCGACCCCCGCUUCAAGGGCAGGAUGGACGCCAUCCUGCCGCUGGGCUCCGACCUCGACCACUGGAAGCAGCUGCUUGUCCGGAAGGUCAAGGAGCUCCUGGCCUCACCCCCCGGCUGCCCUUCCUCCCCCUGGAACGCCCAGCCCGGCAAGGCCUUCUGCGUGGACACGGCCCCACAGCCUCGGGAGGCAGAGAUGGGGUCAGGGGAGCCCCAUCGGGACAGGGGGCCGAGCUCCACGGUGCCUCCACUGAUCCAGAAGGAGAAGACCCUGACUGAGCACCUGGAGAGCGUGGGGCUGCUGGCGUCUGAGGGCCGCGGGGCCUCCCUCCCCACCGAGAACCACUCGGCCUGUGUGAUGGUGGAGAGGUACCUGCGCGACAACCAGACCAUCGGGGCCCGGGAGGACCCGCUGGGGUACUGGGAGAAGCGGCACUGGCUCUGGCCGGCCUUGGCCAAGGUGGCCAUGCUCUACCUGUCCUGCCCACCCUCGGGGGCCUUCUCCGAGCGCAUCUUCACCGCCCCAGACAGCCCCUUCUCCGAGAGGCGCCCUCCGCAGGGGGAGAGCGGGGAGCGCCUCGUCUUUCUGAGAGCCAACCUGGGGAACUUCCCCGACUACCCCCCGCCGCCCCUCAUCUGCUCGGAGAACGACAGCGCGGGCAGCAGCAGCGGGGAGGAGGGGACCCCGCCAGCUUAGAGACCGUCUCCGAGAUACAGGCAGCGGGGCACCCACCCGUCUCCGGGGUACGCCAGGCCGGGUGCACGGCGCGAUACAGCCACUGGGCCCUUGUGGGGCAGAGAUGGCUGAAGGGGGAAGGUACAGCUGCCCUACGGGCCCUGCUGCGCUCGGUGUGGCUCCUGACCGUGGGCCGUUGGGUCUCAGUCGCUAUAGAGAGGACAAUGACCAGUUCUCCACUGGAGGUCGGACUAGAAGCAAUGGGCGUAAUCUGCAGCCAGGGGGAUGGAGGUGAGAGAUCAGGGGAAAGUUUCUAUCACUGGAGGUGUUUUAAGAACAGGUUGGACAAACCCCUGUCAGGGUCUAGGCUUCCCUGUGUGCUGCCUCAGUGCAGGGGGCUGGACUAGCUGCCCAUCCCUUUCCAGGCCUACCUGUCUGUGUUUCUGUGAGCAUCACAGUGUGUGUGUGUGAGAACAUGUAUGGUGCAUGCGUGUUGCAAGUGUGCAGCAUGUGUGAGCAGACCCAGGACACGUCUGUGUGACUGUGCAGCCUGUAUGUGUGCAUGUGCAGAUCUGUGUGUGACUGAUGUGUAUGCAUGCAUGUGCAAUGUGUAUAUCUGGGUGCGCGUGCAGAGCUGUGUGUGCAGUGUGUAUCUCUGUGUGUGCAAAUCUUUGGGUGCACUGUGCGUGUGUGCACAGUGGGUAUAUGUGUGUGUACAGAUCUGCAUGUGUGAGUGUGCACAGGGUAUAUCUGUUCAGAUCUGUGUGUGCAGAUGUGUGUGUGCACGGUGUAUAUCUGGGUGUGUGCAUGAUGUGUAUGUGAGUGUGCAUGGUGCGUAUCAGUGUGAGUGUGCACAGGGUGUGUGUGUGCAUGGUGUGUAUCUGUAUGAGUGUGUGUGUGCAUGGUGUGUGACUGUGUAUGAGUGUGUGUGUGUGUGCACGGUGUGUAUCUGUAUAUCGGCAUGUGCAGUGUGUGUGUGCACAGACCCGGGGCAGAUUGCUGAUGCCCCAUUCCUAAGGGUAAGAUUUUGUCACGGUUAUUUUUAGUAAAACUCAGGGACAGGUCAGGGGCAAUAAACAAAAAUUCAAGGAGCCCCUGACCUGUCCAUGACUGUAGUAAACACCGGGAGCAGGGCUAAAUGGGGGGGAGGAAUGGAGUCCGGGGUGGGGGACAACGAGGACUAAUAGGCUGUGAUGAACUGGGUCUGUUCUGAAUGUGGUCUUUGAAUGCUGAGUGGGGAGUUUGGCUGGGACGGUCUGCAUGGGGGCAUGGGAGACUGGCCGUGAGGGAAGAUACCUGAGCAUGUAACAUGAGAACCAGGAGGGGGGUUAGAGGCCAGGUGACACCUCUGCCCGGGAAACUGGACAAAGGCUGUGGGAGGAGCCGGGGGGAGGCUGGGUGAGAGAUGCUGGAGGGAGUUGGAGUUGUCAGGAGCUGGCUGGUAAUGGAGGAAGCCCAGACAGGGCUCUGACCCCCCCCCCAACGGGGCUGUGGUGCCCCUGGGACCCCAAGAUGGACCUAACCGAGGGGGAUCCUGUUGUCUGUGACUGCAAGACCUGUCUUGGACUGUGUUCCUGUCGUCUAAAUAAACCUUCUGUUUUACUGGCUGAGUCAUGGUGAAUCGCAGGAAGCCGGGGUGCAGGGCCCUGAGUCCCCCAAUACUCCGUGACAUAGGCCAACACCCCCAGCUCCAGUGGGGGCGCAGCCACGGGGGCGCAGAGCCCCCUGCUCCGGAGCUGGCUGCAGUGCUGGGACAGUGGUGCCCGGGGACCCUGCGGGGCAGGGGCUGCAGGGUCGUGCUUCCAGCCACCGGCCCCAGCGGGGUCCCGCGGAGCCGCCCCGCCCCCGCUUUGCAGAACGUGCUGCUGGCCCUUUAAAUGUUCCCGCCCCGGGAGCUGUUGCCACGGCCCCUGUUGCCAUGGCAACGCUGCGGGGGGCACCCGCCCCAUGAAGGGCUCGGCUGGGAGCGAGCAGGCGGCUGCACCAGGGGCUGGUGCGUUGCCGGCGUGACCCAGCGUGGCCGCACGGGCAGCGGGCUCCAGGGGGCCCCCUGGGGCAGAGGCGCCUGGAAGGGGCAAAGCGCUUUCCCGGACCUGGCCCAGCUGGGGGUGUGCAGAGGUUCUCCGCGCCGUGGCUGAGUGGCUGUGGGCCGCUCGGGCCCUGCCUGAGCCGUAGGGCGGCGGCCCG